AUGAUGUCAAAUACAUUUUUCAGGAAUGGAUCAAUGCUGAGCAAAAUGUAUACUAAAGGAUGUUGUUUGUUUUAUAUAUUAUUAUUCUCUGAUAUUGGUGCAUGGACGAACAUGAUUCAGCUGACACCAACUCGAUUAUAUGCCGUAGAAAAUUCAAGUGCAACACUCACAUGUUCGAAAACAAAUGAAAUUAUGAGCGAAUCUCUUUGGUUUAACUCUCAGAUUUCUGGUGACGCAAAUUUAUUUUACUCAAACGGAAAAUGUAACACAUCACGUUUUUUACAUGACAGUGAUUUUUUUAGUGGUGUUUGUAACAAUAACGGUACUUAUUCUGUGGUUCUAAAAAAGAUUGAUCGUACUCAACAUGGAGCUGAAUGGAUGUGUUCUGAGCUUUUAUCAAUGUCAAAUAAAGUCGUUAUAGAAGUGUCAGUCCCGGCUACAAGCGUUACAUUAAGUCAACAAAAUGGGGAUUACAUGAAGGAAAAUCAGAACAAAAAUAUCUCCUGUAGCACAUCAGCAUGUCGACCAGAACCAAGAGUACAAUGGUAUCUACGUAAUAGUAAUAACCAGAUCAUAAAUAAUCUGACACAGUUUUCAACCAACAGAUACGUUAAUGGUGAAUAUGGUCUUAGAGCCGUCAAUAGUGUUCUACAUUUGAGACCAAAUAGAACUAUAAAUAACUUACAUCUGUAUUGUGAAGUGAGGACCCGAUUUGACAAGGCUGACAUAUUAAGCAGAGACGUCAGUGUUAAUGUGACAUAUCCCCCAGAUAUUUCACCUGUCAUACAUGGAGUUGAAACUAACGAUCCGUUAUCGGUCAUUGUGUCUGAUAAAGGCGCGUUUGUUUGUUCGGUUACCGGAGGAAACCCACUUGCAUCAUUGGAAUGGAACUGUUUCGACAGUCAGGACAUAACAAUGAAUACCCAAGAAAGCACCGUAACAAGCACAGUUAAAUGGACGGCAUUGCGCAAUUAUAGCACAUGUUCCUGUACGUCACAUCACACAUUAAGUAAUUGGAAAAGAAUAACAAACCUUACAGUUCAUGUACAAUUUCCUCCAACCAAACCACAUUUUAAAAUUGGACAAACAGAUGUAUUUGGCGUUGUUCGUGUUAUACAAAACAACACUCUGCGAGUUGCUUGCUACAGUGAAAGUAAUCCUUUAUCUAACUACACAUGGAUUGGUCCAGGGUUUUUUUCUGACAAAGGUGAUACGAUAGAAAUAACAAGCGUUAAACUUAGCAAUCAGGGGAAUUAUAAAUGCGUGGCGUCAAAUAGGAUGAUAAGAACGAAUGGUUCAUAUGAAGACGGGAGUCAUACGUCAUCAUUAAAUCUAACAGUAUUGUAUCCUCCAAGCAAACCAAAAUUUAAAUUUGAAAACUCCAGCGGACAGCUCAUUCAAUCAAAUAUAUUUUACGUAGUGAGAAAUGAUACGUUUUCCAUUUACUGCGAUGUCAAAGGAAAUCCUGAUCCUGACAUCAAAUGGGAUGAUAACAAAAGCAAUCCCAGAUUGAGUAUAUCUAACAUCUAUUUGGACAUUAAUAGUACAUGCAGAGCAACAAACUUGAUGAAAGAAUUUGCAAGUCAAAUAGAAAUAAUUUCAAAGUCGGAAGCACCUUUUUCAAUAAUUGUCCUUUAUCCUCCAGGGCCCCCUACAAUACACGUUUCAAAUGAUAAUGGCGACAGCGUUCAGGUUCAAAAUGGAAACGUCAGUAUUAUUGAAUCAGAAACAAUCAAUGUAAAAUGUUUUUCGACAAGUAAACCAAUGCCGACAUACAAAUGGAUACAUGAGCAAUAUAUUAAAACACAGUCGACGAACGUUUUGAAAUUUGUCAACAUCAAUCGACGGGAAAGUGGAAGAUAUGCUUGCAACGUUGAAAAUAUUAUGAAGAGAUCAAUUGGCAAAACUGAAGUAGGGAAAGAUACCUCACAAUUAAUUUUGAACGUAUUAUAUCCAGCUAUAGUGAAUGAUAUAGAUGACGUAAGUAUUGUUGAGGGAUCACAAUUGGAAACAGUAUGUCCUGUAGUAUAUGGAAAUCCUUCAACCUCUAUAGUAACAUGGUCCAGACAAGGUGAAGAAAGUCUAUCGAACAACAGACUGUUGUUUAUCAAGAACGUUUCAAGAGCAGACAAUGCAAUGUACACCUGUAGUGUAAUAACAGAAAUGUUUCCUACAAUUGGCACUGAUUUAAAAGCUGAAAGAAGAAACUCUUUUCACUUGAACGUUUUUUUUCCAUCAGAAAUAAACAAAUUUACGAUAUCUACGGUUAGCUCAGGUCGAACCUUUUUAGUUAAUGAAACUCAAAAGCCAUACUUUGAAUGCAUUGCUGAAGCCAAUCCUCCAUCAGAUUUAAAUAUAAAGUCUCCAAGGGGUGAUUACAUUAUCGAGGUAUCACAGUCAAAUAUUGCUCGCCACACAUUUUUACGUAAUGCAACGUAUAAAGAUGCCGGAGAAUAUAUUUGUAGCGGAAGAAAUAACUACACAACGGACUCACCAUCACAGUCAAAGUUGAUUCUUAUAGUUAAAAGCCAACCAAGACCAUCCUCUGGCGACACAAGUGUUAUGAAAGUGGCAACAGUUCUGAACGUUGAUGUAACAUUACCAUUUAUAGCUUUGAAUUAUCUCGAUGAACCAAACAAAACAAUGUUCCGUUGGUUUAAGGAAAAUGUUUCCAUUCCCGAAAAUGACAAUAAAUACUUGAUACAUUCAAAUGAUUUACAAACCAAUAUUACUAUAAGGAACACAACUCAACGCGAUUUAGGGCUUUAUAAAGUAGAUGUGGAAAAUUCAGUUGGAAUGUUUACUCAGUAUUAUGAAUUGAAAGCCACAGAUAAACCAGAACGACCAGUGGACUUUCGUGUCAUGAACGAUUCAAUUACAGACACAAUGGUAACACUAGCAUGGAGUCCUGGUUUUAAUGGAGGAUUUCAACAAACAUUUGUAAUACUCUACAAAGUAAUGCAAGAACAUAUAUGGUUAAACAAAUCAAUAAAAGACAACGGUGAUUUCAAUAUGAAUUAUACUUUAAAUGACCUCUCAAGUCUGCAAGAGUAUGAAAUAGAGAUGUUUGCAAGAAACAUAGAAGGAAACUCGUUUCACACAAAUCGUCUUCAUUUCAAAACUAAAGAACAACAAAAAAGUCAAGUUAAAUCACCAACGGAAGACAAAAGUGGGAUAAUAGCAGGAAGUGUAGCUGCUGUUGUUGUUGUAGUGAUUGUUUUAGUUGUUGUUAUAUUCAUUUAUAGAAAGAGACGAAAUAAAAGUACCGACUCACUUUACCAAAACGUUCCAUUUUUUGGACAAAAAAAUAAUCGAAAACAAAAUGUCAUUAACGAAGCCAAGAAGAAGAGACGUAACUGCCCGACAAAUGAAACAACGUUUGAAGAAAAGUCAAGUAGACGUAAACAAAGUAUAAAUGGGGAAGUAAGGAAAAGAUACACCAGUGAGGCAGACGAGCAUGUAGUUGAAGGUCUGCAGGAAGUUGACGAUGUUCCUAUUAUAGUAAACGAAAGAACUGAAUACUGCAACUCACCUGACAAAAUUGAUAACAUAGACAGAAUUACAGUAGCAGAGUUGCAUGCAUACGUUUCUGGAAAUGAUGACAGCUUAGAAGCCGAAUAUCAGAAAUUACCAACGGGACUGCAGAAAUCAUGUACUUUUGCAAGAAAACCAGAAAAAUUAGCACUCAACAGAUACAAUGGAAUAUACCCAUAUGAUCACUCCAGGGUUAAAAUUCCAGAGGAUCCGGACUUCUUCAUAAAUGCAUGCUAUAUUAACGGAUAUAGAAAAAAGAAGGCCUACAUAGCAUCUUUGGGCCCUACUUCGAAGACAACAAGUGACUUUAAAACAUUUUGGCAAAUGGUUUGGCAUGAAAGAUCGGAUAUGAUUAUCAUGCUUACAAAACUUCAUGAACCAUCGGGAAUGAAAUGUGAGAAAUAUUGGCCAAAUAAAGGAACAGAUCAACAAUACGGAGACGUUAUUGUUACUUGUGAAACAUAUGAGGCCUUUGCUGAGUAUACAAUCAGGACAUUCAGAGUAUCAAAAGGAAACCAACAUCGAUCGUUGAAACAUUUACACUAUACAGCAUGGCCCGACAAGACCGUUCCAGAAGACGUCACAAGCCUACUUGACUUUAGAAAAAGAAUGAAAGAUGUGCCUAUCACACAGGGCGGUCCUAUUAUAAUACACUGCAGUGCAGGAAUAGGUCGCACGGGAACUUUGAUAGCUCUUGAUAUAUUGAUUGAAGAAGGCCAAGAUAAAGAUUCGGUCAAUGUGUUCGAAUGUGUUGACAACUUGAGGACACAAAGGGUUAAAAUGGUCCAGACUGUAGAACAGUAUAUUUACAUUCACAAGUGUUUGGUAAAUGCACUUUCAUACGCCGGUGAAUCUAUUCUUAAAGAGAGGAUCCAUGAGCAAGUGUAUAAUAGAAAUGACAAACAGUACAUCACGCUUUUCAAGCAAUUAAAUUCUUCUGUUGAGACUGACAACUCAUCCGAACAAAAGGCCAGAUUGAAAAAUAGGAACUACUCGAACAAAAAUCGACAGGAGGCUGACGUGCCAGGAGAUCGAUAUAUUGUCUUCUUGAACCUGACAGACGGAAGAGAAGGAUCUGAGUAUAUAAAUGCUGUGUAUGUUAAUAGUUUCAAAAGAAAGGACCAUUUUAUCGUAGCACAGUCACCGUUGCCAAACACAGUCACAGACUUUGUUUCAAUGAUAUUCCAAGAAGAUUGUUCAUGUAUCGCUACAAUGGAGGAUUUGAAAGAGCCUGGAAUGACUGUUGGAACUUACCUUUCAGAGAUGAAUAAAAAAGCAAUAUUUGGCAAUUUCCAAGUUUCAAGUUCACAAUUGGAAGAAACAUCGGCAUAUAUCAUCAGAAAAGUGAAAAUUAAAUAUACCAACAAGAAUGCAGAUGGAGAAAAGUGCUUUUACCAUUUCCAAUACAAAAAUUGGAUGACAGGAAGUAAAACUCCCGGGAACGUAGCAGAUUUUGUGAAUUUUAUCAGCGAGGUUGAAGAAUAUGCAAAUGAGUUAGGAGAAGACAGAUCGCGCGUAGUUGUGCAUUGCCUGAAGGCUAACGAAAGAAGUUGUCUUUUCUGUGCCGUUGCAAUUAUCAUAGAAAAACUGAAAGUUGAAGGAAAAGUAAAUAUUUUAAAUGUCAUUAGACACUUGCGGACAAGAAGACGAACAGCAAUUGUAAGCAAGGAACAGCUGAAAUUUUGUUACGAGGCGGCAAGUGCGUACAUCAAACAGAACAAACAUUAAACAUAAAUUUGCAAAGGAUCGAGACUAUACUUUUACAUUGUCCAUCUUUUUAUCUGAAAGGAGUGUUACUAUUCUUACUCACAAACAAACGUAUGCUACAAAGGACAUAAACACAAUUGAAUUUAUUUUAAACUAGCUGUAAUUAUGUUUUCGUUUUGGUGAUGCUUUGUUACAACUAAAUUGUCAUGAUCUUAACACAAGAAGGGUUUCCAAUGCAUGUUUGCAUUUUUGCUGUAGUUUUUUGUGGUAUUAAAUAACCGGAACUAAGCUCUUUUCAACGCAAAAUUACUGGGAGAUUGAAAUAAUAAUCUCGUGUGUAAAAUGCAGAUAAUAUAAUUGAAAUUGUGUUUAAUGUUGCAUUUUAUAGCUAUAACUGUUUUUUUUUCUUCAUUUAUCCGACCUGAUUUGUUUUGAGAUAAUUGUUUUAUUUUCAUUUAAUACUGAGAAUAUAAGUCCCAUUCUAAAUAUACAUGUAGUCCUAAUGUGUAUGUUUUUUUGUAUCACAUUACAAAAUAUACACGAAGCUGUGUUACUCAUAAAUGUUUUUCUGAAUCUUAUAUUUUAUUGUUAUCAAUAAACGUUGAAUAUUUUAAAUGAACACAAACAUUCGAAUGAUUUGUUGUUUUGCUGUUGUUGGUUAUGUCAUAAAUAUAAAACUCGGUUAAAAAUUCUCAAACUUGACCUUUGUCAUGCGACAUACGGAAUGCAAGGAAAACAUAAGAGUAGUAUUUUAUUUUUUACUUUACUCUUCAAACAUUAUUAGCCUCCUAACGGAACUGUCAUUACAAGUAUUGCUUUUGUUGGCACUUCUACUGUCGUUUGCAUGCUGCGUACCAUUGGAGUUGUUUAAAUAAAUUAGAUUCACAAAUAAUGACUUCGUUUUAUGAUAGCUUGUGCCAGCAGUCGCGCUACUUCUGCAUUCGUGUGUACAUGCCAAGCAAAUAUACGUUGAUUUAAGCGAUAACGGAAUAAAAGUCUUUAAUUGAAUAACAAUAUGGAUAUAAUCUUCGUUUCUUAUGUACUGCGAAUGAAUGUCUUUAUUGCGCCGUAAGUGCCGUUGCCACGCCUUUAUGAACAUCUGUAUUUAAAUUAUCAGGUUUUUAUUGUGUCUUAAUUUUUACGCGAUUUUAAAAGGCAUUUAAAGCGUAAAAUGUAACUCUAAUACAUAGCCUUGCAUAAUUAUUCAUGUCUUAUUAAUCAUCAAUACAUAUGUAAUUCAUAUUCAUAUUCAAAGCGUACACCAUUUUUUGAAAUGACAGAACAUUUACUGUAUAUUUUCAUGUUUUAGUUAACCGUUAUUAUUAGCUUUGUUUAGUAAGUGAUACAUUCUAAUUGCAUGUCCUUUUAAUUAACACAACUGAAUACAUCCUUGUAAUCUCAUCAAAUUUUGUAUUGUUGUUCAAUGAUAUGUUGAAAGCUCUUCUUUUCGAAGAAACUUGUGAAGCUAUCGUGAAAACCUAUUUUCGAAGUGGUCAUAGCCGUCUUUGCUGCUUACACUUUUUGUUAAGAUGUUUGCUCUCUCUCUCUCUCUCUCUCUCUCCCUCUCCCUCCCCCUCUCUCUCU